AUGUCGUCCUUGCCCUCCUUCACCAGCUCUCUCACUGGUGGCGCAAUUGCCGGUGUCGCCGUUGACCUAUUCUUCUACCCCAUCGACACCAUUAAAACACGCAUACAAUCAAAAGCCGGCUUCAUAGCCUCGGGGGGGUUCAAGAACAUAUAUCGCGGAAUUGGCAGCGUGGCAGUAGGAAGCGGACCAGGCGGAGCCCUCUUUUUCGCAACCUACGAGAAAUCCAAGGAAUCCCUACUUGCGAGGAAGCAUGCGAGACAGCCGCUGAAGGAUGGCGAAAAGGCGCCGUGUUGGAAGGACUGGCAAGAGUCAAUGCUUGCGUCGAGUCUGGGAGAAUUGGCUGCUUGUCUGGUGAGGGUGCCGACGGAAGUUGUGAAGCAACGGACGCAGGAUGGGCAACAUACUCGUUCGCUUCUGGCCGCGCAAGCGAUUUGGUCGCGGCAUUCGAGCAUCGGGGUUUUGGGUGUCUUGAGGGAGAUGUAUCGUGGGUUUGGGAUCACGGUUAUGAGGGAGAUUCCAUUUUCCAUCAUACAGUACCCACUUUGGGAGAUGAUGAAGGAAUUCAGUCGUCAAAAGUCGGGCCAGGACGAAGUGGAAUGGUGGAAAGCUGCCAUAUAUGGAGGGACUGCUGGUGGAAUUGCUGCUGCGACUACUACACCCUUGGACGUUCUGAAAACGAGGAAGAUGUUGGCAAAAGAGAAAAUAGGAGUGCUGCCGCUGGGCCGUUUGAUAUUGAACGAGAAAGGCUUGAGAGGAUUUUUUGCCGGAGUCGUUCCUCGUACUGGCUGGAUGUUUGCGGGAGGUUGUGUCUUCCUUGGAUCUUACGAGGCAGUAACAAAUAUCGUACACGAUGCACGACAAAAGGCUCCAGAUUUGCCAUUUCUUACCUAA